CGUUAGUAAAUCUUGUAAAUAUUUUUUCUGUCUUGUGUCGAACAAUUGCCUGGUAGAGUGAAGUCCUUCUUUUCAGAUGCGUAUCCGUUUCAUUUGAUUUUGGUUUUAUUUCAACUGAAGCACUACAAUGCUGUGUUUACAAUAUUUUUUCCUUAUCAAUGCUUAAGGUAUUGUGAUUUAGAUUCACUAGCAUAUUUUAGUAUCGUAAAUGUUUGCUAUAUCCUUGUUUUAAUUCCUAGUUAAGGACUUCUAUUCCUUUUUCUCUUCCCAAUCUGUAGGAUAGGUAGAAAAGGUGAUUAUGUGUAUAUUUAAUUCAAAAAGCUUUUGUUUUUUCUCUUAUGGCUAAAUGUUGGGAUCUUUGGAAUUUAGAGUAUCUAUUCUUGAAAGUUCGUGCUUAUUAUACAAAUCUUUUAUUAGAAAUUGACAAUUACCUGACUGAAAUAUCGAUUAUUGUUGUGUUGUUGAAAAGAUAUUGUAGAAACUUACUUUUCUUGAUGUGGUCGAAAUAUAAUAUUAGCUGGUCUCAAUAUUUGUAUCGCGAAAGUACUUUUAGAUCAUACAAGCUCCAAUGUUUGACUUCUAGCUUUAAAAUGUCUCUAAUUCCUCUAGUAGAAAUUAAUUUCUCCCCAUAGGAUUGGCUUUAAUUUGUCGAUGGAAUACGUACUGCGUUGUAGUCAAUUUUCGUUUUUCUUAUUACAAACUGUCAAACCGAUAAAAAAAACUACUUUUCACAAGCGCAAGUGUGCAAAAAAGAUGUCGAAACCCAAAUAAGAUUAUUUAAUCUGACUUGAUUCAAGGUUAAUUUAGAAUAAUGGAAGAUAUUGGUUGUAAACUAAUAAACUCUUUAACUUUUAAUACUUUCCCUAAAACUUGGCAAAAAAAUUACCUCUUUCUAUUACAUCAAUAUAAGAAGACUUCCAUUUAUAGUCGAAAUUCAUAAUCAUUGAACGUAGUUUUGUUUUGUAAAUAACUUACACAUUUGCCCGAAAUCUAUUUAAAUCUAUUGUCUUCUAAGUACUUUUUAAUCCGAUUUUCUAAAAUUGCACGGAAUUAGUAGUCGGUCCAAUAAUGAACUUGCCUCAUAUAGUUCUACGUGACGUGUUCGCUUCAUGUUGUGUUGCAUUAAAGGGUACAUUUAUCGUGUACCUGAUAUAAGAAACACGCAUCGGCAUAAAAUGCUUAGUCUAAGUUUAGCAGGCAUUUUAAUAACGGGAUUCGCGUAUUUUUUCAAAAUGUCUAAAACUGAGUAUUGAAGUGACAUAAAGUUUCUGUUUAAAGAACGUUUAUCCCCUCCAAAUAAAAAAACGAAUGGACUCUUGUAGCACAGUGAAAAGUUGAGUGAAAGAGUUCGCCUCGGGAGAGAAACCGUCGAAGACAUUGGACACGACGGUCGACCUGUGGAAGAGCAGUCGUUUCGGGAGUGAUCUCGAAACGAUUGCUCUUAUCGAAGAGAAGGUUCUGAGUGACCGGCGUUUGGAGAUUAGAGAAAUUGCCGCUCAGCUUGGGCUCUCUAAACUUACCGUUCUAUGUGGGAUCCAUGAACAUAUUCACGUGAUAAGAAAUGGGUCCAAGAUGGGUACAUAAACUUCUUUCAAAGGUACAAAGACAGGAAAGAGAUGCGCUUCGGAUUUUUUGGAUCUUUGAGGCGAAAAUUCAAAGACUGAUCCAGCUGCUAGUGAGUGGUGAAGAAAGAAUGAUCUUUUAUUAUGAUCCACAAAGCAAGCUAGAGUCAAUGGAAUGGCGUUAUAAGGGUAAGGACCCCCUCUUUUUUUUAAAGAUCAACAAUCGACUAAAAAGUGAUGUGCACGAUCUUUUGGAAUUUUUAAGACAUUUUGAUGUUGGUUUUUAAAGUACGUAAUACAGUCGUGAACGGCGGAUAUUAUAUAUAAAUUACUAGACAAGAUAAAGGAAAAAGACAUAGCUCCUGUUUAUACCGCUGGUGUUUCACAGAAGUGGAACAUCCACCUUACACUUCAGGCAUGGCCCGUCUGACUAUUUAUUUAUUUCCAAAUGUAAAGCGGGACUUAGAGGAAGAAAAUUUUCAAGCGAUGAAGAGUUGCAGGCAGCCAUCUUCGGUCAUUUUGGGACUUAAAAUUAUAAUAAUUUUUAUGAAGGUUUAGAGAUGUUGAUUCACAGAUGUGAGAGGUGUUUACUUUAGUAUUGAUAGUUAUAAAUGGCAUGAUACUUGGAUAUAUUUUGAAGCUAAAAGGUACAAUAAGUGGAAAUAACAUACUUGUUCAAGAUGAAAUCUUGGGCCUAAAUCUCACCUACAAUAAAAACGAAGCGACGAAAUACCAACAUGCUUUCCAUUUCAUGGUAUUAUAUUACUCAGUUUGGCUAGCCUACAAGUCGAUCUACGUUCUAGCAUUGUUGUUCACUCUUCCAGUUUUCUUUAAGGGAGGUCAUAAAAUGUUUAAAGUGUUGCUGUACGUGAGUAUACCGAAUUGGAUAUUGGAUAUAUUUCUAUCGUUACUGGCUAUAAUAUUGUUAAAUUAUAGUUUUCUUCUGAGAAUUCCGCUUAUUGCUGGCCUCAUGUACGACGGUUACAACAUGCUGGCCAUAAGCAGCGAAUACAAAAGAGUGACUGGGAAAUUGAAACCACGGUAUAAAGAUAUCGAAGGUGAUUUCAGGAGCCAACCCUUGACUCAAUUCAGUAGUAUAUCUCGUGAGGACUUCCGAAACGUUGGACUACACUGUAGGACUUGCAAGUGUUACGAACCUGUUCAAUUAGACCAACCAAUCGCUAUUCCACAAACGCCUGAUUCUAUACAAAGUGAUACAACUCCAAUAAUAAACAAACAGAUAUGCAAUUUUGAGCUUAACUAUGCUAUAACGGGCGUUUUGAAUCUAGAUCAUGUCGCAGAAGAAACAUCAACGAGACGUAUGCGACCAAAUACGUUAGAUUUAAAACUCAAUACGACUGAUGAUGAGAAGAUUGUGGUUACAGACGAACCGAUUAUAUACGACGUUAAUCAAUUAAACAUCGGAGCGAGUACAGUUAUUGAAGACAAGGAACUUUAAAAUAUAAAUUGAUAAUGUACAGAGGGAGACAAGGAACUUUAAAAUAUAAAUUGAUAAUGUACAGAGGGAUUUAUAUGUUGGGUAUAUAUUUGAUCUGUUAGUUAAUAUCAUUUAUACAAGUGAUGAUGGAUAAGAGGAUCUAUUGAAAUUUAGGAGUAAGGUUGUGAAUAUUUCAUUUAGAAAAUAAUGUGGAACUAGUCAAGUUUAUAAUAUAGUUACAUUAACAUAAAAGAUAAAGAGAACUACUGCAUGCUGGUUCAAAAUUUAAAAGAAGUAAAUUUCUUUUGUUUCCUUAAUUUUAUUGCAAUAUCUGUUAAGUAGCUCAAAACUAGUUUCUACUUCAACGAAUACAACAUUUUUCUAGAAAAAAAUCAAUUAAAUAGGUUUAGAUUUUCCUUACAAUCAUGAUAUAAAGCAUCGGAGUUGUUAAUAAGGCGAUAGAAAUGUAAGCAGUAAUUGGCCUUCUUUUCAAUUCGCGCACAAAUUUAUGUUUUUACAUUAAUUGUAUUUGCAACUUUUGUAAAAUGAUAUUAUGUUAGAUAAAAUUUUUAUAUUUUCGUGUAAAAUAAACGUAGUUCAUGUAACUACAGAA